GGUUUUCACGAGAAUUCUUCGAGCGGGACGUGAAGUUCUCGAAGAAAGUUGGCCUGCCGCAGUCUCGCAAAUUUAACAUCUGAUCACAGACAAACAGAAUUGGAACUGUGAGUUCUCCGGAGCUGAUGGCAUGAACCAAUUACAGGUAAUUGAGGAGAUGAGCCUUAGUCUGCUGCGAGAUGGUUGAGACAUGCGUUGCAAGGGUAAACAUCAAGCUCUGUGCGGAUUCUAAUGGGCGGAAUGGCAAACUCUGCGGAAGAGCCUGUCGUGGACGUUCACAGGGAGAGCGAAGUUGCUCCUGAAAAUGAUUUGGAAGAGCACGAAGAGGAGGAUGAGUACGUGAUUCUGGAUCUGGAAGAAGUAUUUCAUGGAGCAGCCCUGCCUGCGAAUUGCGCUUACACACUCUCGGGGUUGGAUACAAUGAAUCCUGUACUCACUCUUGGCGACGAUCUCAAGUUGAUAGGAGAGUACGAGGAAACAAUGGGAACAGUUCUCGUCUUCACAGAACGUGAUGAGGAAGUUCCUGAAGAUGAAAGAAUACGCGGAAGCAACUUGAAGGAAACUGGAACCAGGAAGAGAGUUUCCAGUCUUUGUCAGACACAAAGAAAAUUGAAGUUUCGACUCAUGGAGAGGAAAGAGAGCAAAGACUUGUCAGUACAAGAAAAACGGUCGAGAGUCUAGAUAGCAAGCAGCAUUCAUUCAGUAAUCAAACUUGCAGUUUAGGUGAAGCUUUAAAGGCAAUAUUUGCAGUGGACUGAUUAGUUUGUAUUGAGUGAGGUAAGUCCCAGUGUAUGAAUGAGAAGACCCGUUGUUUCAAUCCUACGAAAUGAUCAAAUGCCCACCCGAUGGAUGUUGGGUUAGUCAGGAUCUCCAGGUUCUCUCUCUACUGAGUGGGGCGUUGUACCUUAUGCAGGUAGAAGUACUUUGUGCAGGAAUUUAGGUAGGGUUCGAGAUAAAUGUUGCAUGAGAGACAUGAGUGAAGGAAGACACAUCAGGAGGUUAGUUCGUAUCUGUAAAUGACGAAUGGUUGGCGAAGAGGCUGAGCACUUAUUUCACUCAGUAAAGUUUUGGCCUAGAUGAAGUUGGUGGGCGAGCAAAACAUGUGGGCAACGCGACGACCGCCCACCGGACCUGUGCGACCGGCAUGGCCCCAUGCGAAGUCUGGACCUCGAGCACAUGCACGCGAGGGGGCCAUCGACCACCAUGAACCAUGGCUGCCGU